CAGCGGCGAGGGGUCCCUAAUCUGCCAUUUUCUGUCCCCUAAUAAGUCUCUGGCGUCCAAAAAUCCCUGUUUUCCUCACAGGUUCCAUUCCGCUCACAGGUCCACCACUUGAGGGGAACGAUGGCCACAGAGUCCACAGCCACUGCUGCCAUCGCCGCGGAACUGGUUUCCGCCGACAAAAUUGAAGAUGCUCCAGCUCCUUCUACCUCUGCAGAUAAAGUGAAAAGCCUGGAUGUGGAUAGUGAAGCUAAAAGACUAUUGGGAUUAGGACAGAAACAUCUAGUGAUGGGGGAUAUUCCAGCAGCUGUCAAUGCAUUCCAGGAAGCAGCUAGUCUUUUAGGUAAGAAGUAUGGAGAAACUGCUAAUGAAUGUGGAGAAGCCUUCUUUUUCUAUGGAAAAUCACUAUUGGAAUUAGCAAGAAUGGAGAAUGGUGUGUUGGGAAAUGCCUUGGAAGGUGUGCAUGUGGAAGAAGAAGAAGAAAAAACAGAAGAUGAGUCUCUGGUAGAAAAUAACGAUAACAUAGAUGAGGAAGCAAGGGAAGAGUUGAGAGAACAGGUUUAUGACGCCAUGGGAGAAAAAGAAGCCAAAAAAUCAGAAUGCAAGUCUUUGGCAAAGCCUGAAACUGGUAAAGAACAGGAGAAUGAAAUGGAGAAGGGUGGAAGAGAAGAUAUGGAUAUAAGUGAGCCUGCAGAGAAGUUACAAGAAAAAGUUGACUCGACUUCAAAUCAGUUAACUGAAACUUCUGAAGAGGCAAAAGGAGCAUCAGCACCAGAAGGACCGAAUGAACCUGAGGUCACUUCUGAGAAGCCAGAACAGGAAGCAUCAGAUGCUGAGGAAGGAAAAUCAGUUUCUGGAACUGAAGUUGAGAAAGAAGAGUGCAGAGAAAAAGGAGGUCAGGAGAAGCAGGGAGAAGUAAUUGUGAGUAUAGGGGAGAAGCCAGAGGAAGCUUCAGAAGAGCAGCCUAUAGUGACUCUAGAAAAGCAGGGCACUGCAGUGGAGGUAGAAACAGAAUCUGUAGAGCCAACAGUCAAGCCAGUGGAUGUGGGUGGGAAUGAAGUAAAGGAACCAGUAGCUACCUCUGAAAAUGACCCAGGAAAGGCUGUCCUUGAGCAACUGGUAGAGCAAGAAGUACAUUCUGCUGAAGAGUCAGAGGUAGUGACAACAGAAGCUGAAGAGGUCUCAGCUGCAGAGGCUGGAUCAGAGGUCUCUGAGAAGCCAGGGCAGGAAGGCACCGUUUUCUCUAAAGAUGUUGCAUUCAAUGGACUGUCAGCUGCAGGAGAUCAGACUCCUGUUGAACCAAAGACUUCUGCAGAAAGAUUGACAGAAACAAAAGAUGGCUCAGAGGUAGAGGAGAAGGUCAGGGCAGAGCUAAUUCCUAGCCAGGAGGAGACUAAGCUGCCUGUAGAAGAGUCUGAGGCAGCUGGAGAUGGGGUUGAGACCAAGGUAGCCCAGAGGGCCACAGAGAAAACACCUGAAGACAAAGUUAAGAUAGCUGCUAAUGAAGAGACAGAAGAGAGAGAAGAACAGAUGAAAGAGGGUGAAGAAACUGAAGGCUCAGAAGAGGAAGAUAAAGAAAAUGACAAGGCAGAAGAAACACCAAAUGAAUCAAUUCUUGAAAAUAAGUCUCUUCAAGAAAAUGAAGAAGAGGAGAUUGGGAACCUAGAGCUUGCUUGGGAUAUGCUGGACUUAGCAAAGAUCAUUUUUAAAAGGCAAGAAACAAAAGAAGCCCAGCUUUAUGCUGCACAGGCACAUCUUAAACUUGGAGAAGUUAGUGUUGAAUCUGAGAACUAUAUCCAAGCUGUGGAGGAGUUCCAGGCUUGCCUAAACCUGCAAGAGCAUUAUCUAGAAGCCCAUGAUCGUCUUCUUGCAGAAACUCACUACCAGCUUGGUUUGGCCUAUGGAUAUAACUCUCAGUAUGACGAGGCAGUGGCACAGUUCAACAAAUCUAUUGAAGUCAUUGAGAAGAGAAUGGCUGUACUAAAUGAACAGAUGAAGGAGGCUGAAGGAUCAUCUACUGAAUAUGAGAAAGAAAUUGAGGAGUUGAAGGAAUUACUACCUGAAAUUAGAGAGAAAAUAGAAGAUGCGAAAGAGUCCCAGCAUAGUGGGAAUGUAGCUGAAUUGGCUCUGAAAGCUACUCUGGUGGAGAGUUCUACUUCAGGUUUCACUUGUAGUGGAGGAGGUUCUUCAGUUUCCAUGAUUGCCAGUAGAAAACCAACAGAUGGUGCUUCCUCAUCAAAUUGUGUAACUGAUAUUUCCCACCUUGUCAGAAAGAAGAGGAAACCAGAAGAAGAGAGCCCCCGGAAAGAUGAUGCAAAGAAAGCCAAACAGGAGCCAGAGGUGAAUGGAGGCAGCGGGGAUGCUGUCCCUGGUGGAAAUGAAGUUUCCGAAAACAUGGAGGAGGAGGAAGAGGCUGAGAAUCGGGCAGAAAGCCGGGCAGCAGUGGAGGGGACAUUGGAGGCUGGAGCUACAGUUGAAAGCACUGCAUGUUGAGAGGGAACAGAACCUUCCUCCCAAGAGAGUGUUUUUGUAUAUAAUGUAUUUUUUCACUUUUGGGGAUUCUUUUUGUAUAACUUCAAUAAAGAUUGUAAGCAAAGGUU